UUUGAUCUUUUGGUUGUACCGCUAGAACUCUGUUCGUGGAGUUGGAAUUUAGCACUUGAUAUGUUGAGUCUCAAAAGCAACUCGAUGGACAUGGACAAAUGGGAUAAUGGCUAGCACAACAAGUGAAUUGCAGUUUGGAAUUUGAUCUCAAGUCAACCGGAAGCUCUUUUUUUUUUCUUCUUAAGUUGAUUCCGGGUUCUUUAGGGUUCUCUAUUGGAUACAACUACUAUUUUCUUCAACAGCUUUGUUAAUGUCUCUGAUACUGGAGCUAUGUCAAUAGCUGUACCUGUGUGCUGUUAUCCUUCCUAUGUUUGUAAAUUUCUUCUUUUUCUGAACUGCUUUCUCUGCUUAUGCUGGUUUCCCCCUGAUAGGACAUAGGGAGAUAUGGCUGAUGAUGAUAGAGACGAGGUGCCUAUGCUGUCAAUCUCAGGUGCAAAUUCACUAAUGUCGGAUGAAGUUGUGGAUGAUGCUAGAUACAGGGAUGUGCUCUUGAGAUCUCGUAGUGCAACCUUCACCAUUCCUAUGGAUAGGUACGAGAACGAGAACCAUCUCGGAGGCUUUACAGGCCCACUUCGCAGUGAGAGGAGAAUGCCCCCGAGUCAACUCAGUGGUCCUCUGUUCAUAAGCAGCCCAUCUGAACAUGUUUCGCAUCAGAAGCCUGGUUUGCCUAGGAACAAGACCGUGAAACAGGAUUAUCACUGGAGUGGUGAUAAGCAUGGUGCUAAGAAUGAACAUCUAUUGAGGUCUGGUCCCUUGGGGAUGUGCAGUGACCCUUACUGCACAACCUGUCCCACCUAUUACAAUACCACCGCAGCAAAGCAGAAGCAUUCAAGAGCUUCCCUUAUUUUUGACCAUCAGUUCCAUAAUGCUCUGUAUGGUGAUGCAAAAAGUUGGGCAAGGAGGUUCUUUUCCUAUUUUACUCCAUAUAUCCCCCCGGUCAUGAAUCCUCAUACCAAAAUCGUUCAAAGGUGGAACAAGUUUUUCGUCAUUUCGUGUCUGGUGGCCAUUUUUCUUGACCCGUUGUUUUUCUUCUUGCUAGGUGUGGACCAGGAUAACAAGUGCAUAUACAUAAACUACACGUUAACGACGACGAUUGUGGUCUUAAGGAGUGUGACUGAUUUUGUAUACUUGUUGAACAUACUUCUCCAGUUUAGGUUGGCUUAUGUAGCUCCUGAAUCUACUGUGGUUGGUGCUGGAGAGUUAGUUGACCAUCCCAAGAAGAUUGCAAAGAAUUACAUACGUAAAUGCUUUUUCAUUGACUUGUUCAUUGUACUGCCUCUUCCUCAAAUCAUCGUAUUAAUGGUUCUACCAGACAUUUUGGGAUCAUCUGGAGCCAAUUAUGCUAAAAACCUUCUAAGGGCAGCAGUUCUUGUACAAUAUAUUCCUAGAUUGUAUAGGUUCUUACCACUUCUUAUUGGUCAGUCAGAAAGUGGCUUCAUAUUUGAGACGGCAUGGGCAAACUUCUUUAUCAACCUUCUCACUUUUAUGUUGUCUGGGCAUGUGAUGGGAUCAUGUUGGUACCUCUUUGGAUUACAGAGGGUUAAUCAGUGCUUCCGUGAUGCCUGCCGUAAUUCUAAUAUCACCAACUGUGUGAAUUUCGUAGAUUGUGGCCAUGGUGAUGACUUAAGAGAAUUUUCUCGCAAACCUGAAUGGAAAAUAUGGACAAAUAAUGUCAAUGCCACUGCAUGUUUUAUGACAAGUGGUGGCUUUUCUUAUGGGAUUUAUGCUCAGGCGGUCAACCUCACCACAAAAAGUAGUUUUAUCACUAGAUACACAUAUUCAUUGUUUUGGGGUUUUCAGCAAAUCAGCACUCUUGCUGGAAACCAGGUACCAAGCUAUUUUGUGUGGGAAGUCCUUUUCACAAUGCUAAUAGUUGGACUUGGCCUGUUGCUCUUUGCAUUUCUCAUUGGCAACAUGCAGAACUUUCUCCAGGCUCUUGGAAGGAGGAGGUUAGAAAUGUCUCUAAGGCGUCGUGAUGUGGACCAGUGGAUGAGUCAUCGGCGUUUGCCACAAGAACUAAGGAGGAAAGUGGUGGAAGCUGAACGGUAUAAUUGGGCUGCUACCAGAGGAGCGAAUGAAGAACUGCUGUUGGAGAAUUUACCUGAAGAUCUCCAAAGAGAAAUUAGAAGGCAUUUAUUCAAUUUUGUUAAGCAGGUGUGGAUAUUUGGGUUGAUGGAUGUCAACGUACUGGACGCCAUCUGCGAGAAACUGAAACAGCGAAUAUACAUCAAGGGCAGUGAAAUCUUCUACCGCGGCGGUGUGGUGGAUAAGAUGGUGUUCAUCGUUAGGGGAAAGUUGGAGAGCGUGGGGGUGGAUGGAACUGAAAUCAUUUUGUCCGAAGGCCAAGUCUGUGGGGAGGAACUGCUAACUUGGUGUCUUGAGCAUGCUUCUUCAGUCAGCAAAGAAGGCAAGAAAAUCAAGGUGCCAGGGCAGAGAUUAAUCAGCAGCAGAACUGUAAGGUGCUUAACCAACGUGGAGGCGUUCUCACUUCGAGCAAUCGACCUGGAAGAUGUCACCAGCAUUUUCGCCAGGAGCUUGAGGAAUCCACGAGUCCAAAGCGCCAUCAGGUAUGCAUCCCCUUACUGGAGAAGCAUAGCAGCAAUGCGGAUUCAAGUUGCGUGGAGGUACCGGCAGAAGAGACUGAGGCGAAUGGAGAGUAGUAGCGCUGAGACGAGACCGAACUGGGCUUCGUCUUACCCUCGUCCUCAGCGUCAUCAUUUUGCCUGACGUAUCUAUACAUCCACGCAAUAUAUAGAUAGUAGUAAGAUAGGUAACUCGUAUAUAAGGUAGACAGAUAGAUAGAACAUGUAUAUGCACCAUUAUAUGCGACUGUGCGUUCUCUAUAGUUGAAGUUGAUGGAUGUGUUGAAGAAGCUUGUUUCUGGGCUCUGGCGUUUGUAUGUAUGGAAGAAGAGAUAUAAUGCAAUAAUAAUAUCACAUCCAAUGUCGUUCUGGAUUUGUUUCCUUGGAUUCAUUCGUACUACUUUUUAAUAGGUUAGUAGAGUUAGGCGGCUGGUUAUGGUUGAGUAGGUUAGGGUUAAUUGUUAGAGCUUUGGGUUUAUUUCCUAUAAAUAUGU